AUGACAGAGAGUACCGUAGUCUAUAGUCAUGAAAAAAAGUUACAAACCAUCAUUCAUUCAAAUCAUCAUAUUCGAAACCUUGUACGGCGUAAUGUUCAUCAUUUUCUUAGCUUGCGUGAAGAACUUCUCGACAAUUCGAUCAUACAAUGCUUGAUGGCAUCGGAUGAUCCUCAAUCGCCAUUGAUUGAUACAGUACGCAUCGAACAGUUAAAUGCUCGUGUAACUUCGGAUAAAAUUCAAUUAGCUCUAUGCGGGGAAAAUUCAAGUGGUAAAACAGCAUUUUUACAUGCAUUCCUCAAUAUCGGUAAAAUUCUGCCAUCCGGCGAUGGUCCAGUUACAGCUCGAAUUACAAAACUUACUUAUGCUGUACCUGGAGAAGCAUGUAUUCGAAUUAAAAAAUCACUUCGAAAUCAUACACUCAUCGAUGAUGAAAUAAAUCUUUCGACAUAUUUUUCUUCUGAGAAGCCUAAUUGGAUGGGUAUUGGGCGUGCUCUUGCGAAACAUGUGAAACGACCCGAAGGAAUCGAUGAGAAAUCACUGGAAUUCGCUGAAUGGGCUCGUUCUGUUGCUGAAAUUCAUAUUCCAUCGUCUACACUAGCUUUAGGUGUUGAUGUCUAUGAUACACCUGGUUUUCUUUCGGAUGACGCUCCAGUACUCAAAGAAAUUUUACACGAUCUUGUCGAACUAAUUCAUCCGACACUUGUUUUCAUGUAUGCGAAUCCAUCAACUGAUGAUGCCACUAAAGGCUGUUUUUUGGCAGUCAAAACGGCUCUGCAUGAUAUAGAUGAGAUGAGUAUCUUCUUUUUAAAUUCAAAAGCUGAUCUGACUCGCAUGCCAAAGUUUAAACAGGGUAUGAAUGAAAACGAAUUUCUCACUAUAUUAGCCGACGAACGAAUUCAACGAUAUAAAUUAUUAUUGGACGCUCCUUUUCUUGUCAAUGAUAAACUAGAAGGUUUACCAAUAUCAGUCGAUCAAUGUCAAUGUUUCGAUUUGUGUAGUGUUAAUUCACAAUCAAUCAAACCUCAUGGCCCAACUAUGAAUGAAGCUACUAUUCGACGCAUCAUUCAAUUUGUUGCCAAUAAUGAUUUAGCUGUAGCAAAACGUGUAUGCAAAUUAGUAUUGCCUGCGAUUGAUUCAUUUUUCGAUUUAUUACAUAUAACAACUCAUCGAACACCGGAGCAUUUAUUGCAAUUGUAUCAUGAUGCGCAACGUUGGGAAAAAAAUUACUCUGAAAUCUACAAAUCGCAAACAGAUCAGUUUUUAUCAGAUCUGUUUUCAAAAAUAUUUCAACAAUUGAAUAUAGAAAGUAAAUCAAUAGUACAACUAAUUUCAAGUACCCGCAUACCACAAAAUCUGAUCCAGUUAACCGUUAAAACUGCUGUACGCCUUCAAGUGAUCACACCAGCUGUUCGUGAAACGCUUCGCAACUUUAUGAACCAUGUAUUCGAACAUAUUAGCUCACAUUCUGGCAUGAUUCAAGAUGUUGUUUCAAAUGAAAUUCUUUUUGGUGCAUUGCGUAAUCAGGAAAUAAGCGAUUUUUCAGCACUUCUACUCGAUGGUUAUGCUAUGAAAAACACGGGCCCUACAAGUAUUUUAUACAUUGUGAAUACAAUAUCGACACCGGUUCUAGUAUGCUCCAGAAAUAUUCAACAAGUAGGCGUUGAAGGUGAAACAGCUAGUAGGGUAUUUUUAGAAGAAAUACGACAAUUACCUACAGUUCACGAUAAAAAUCGCCCAAAACAGCUCAAUGAUCAAAUUUAUCGUUAUUUGUCGAACAUUGAAAUGAUGCUCGUUGAGAAAAAAAAUGAAAUGCAACAAGCAAUCGAACUUUGGAGAGAUCAAGAGAGAGCUAAACUAUUAUCCCGCAUUCAGGCACAUUAUGAUGCGGCACGUCCUCUCCUCAGUUUAACUCAAGAAACGCAUAGUUUAAUAGAGAAACACAUUUCUCAUUUUAUUGAUAUCGAAUGUCAACUUUGUGCAGCAGAAGAUAUGGCAAAAAUGAACGGAUUAAUACCUGAAAUUCGCAGUGGAGAUUCGAAAUCAACUAUGUUUAGUUUAUUUACAGCUGAUUGGGGUGAUAAAAAAAAUUUACUUGUCAAAAAGCUUAGUCGAUCUCUACCUGAUCAACCAAUUGCAGCCUAUUAUGAAGCUCACUAUCAUCGUAGAGUUGCUAAAUUGUGCGUUCCAAAUAUUUUUCAUCUUUCAUAUCUCUAUGAACAUCGUUUGGAUGAACAAAUUUUUGAACUAUGGAUGAUUUUUCUGCCGAUACAUUGUAGCUUAGAACAAUAUUUACAGGAACUUUCAGGAUCAAUUCCAAUUAAAACAAUUCUCAAAUGGCUGAUAUCUAUUAUUCAUGCAUUGGUAAUUUUACAUAAAAAUUGCCUUAUUCAUAGAAAUAUUGUUCCAAGUAAUAUUGUAAUUACGGCAGACAAUUGUGCAAUGUUAAUCGACUUGGGUAAUUGGUAUGAUGAAUCUGAUCUCAGCAUACGUCACGAUUUAUCAUCGACUAUCAAUGGAGCGAACGAAGAUAUAAAAGGAUUUGGAGAAAUUGGACAGAUUUUAAAUGCCUUCAUUGAACAAGAUGAAACAAUCUCGGCAAUUAUUGGUCAAUUUAAUGAGCUCAUAUUGAUAUGUGCUCAAGCUAAUUAUGAAAGGCCAAUGACAGCUGAGGUCGUUCAACAAAAAUUGAACUUUAUCAACGAUAUGUUUUGA